UUUAGCUGUUUCCCUCUUUUUGUGUGUGUGUUUAUGUGCUUGUUUUGAUACACUACAAUUAAGCGAAUGCAAUGAAUACCAUUAAUAUAAGAGGUAUACCCGUUACAUUCCCAUUUGAGCCGUAUGAACUGCAAAAACACUACAUGGAAAAAGUAAUUGAAUGUCUUCAAAAUGAAACCAAUGCAGUUCUGGAAUCUCCUACGGGAACCGGUAAAACGCUGUCAUUACUCUGUGCAUCUCUGGCUUGGCUCAGCAUUAGGAAGGCACAGUUUCAAGCUGAACGAUUUGGCACAUUUAAUAAUGAUGCUGGCACAGAAUUCGUGCGCGCUUUAAAAGAAUCAAUAGACAGUAAACUUGGCUCCAGUGGUAGACAGUUUUUAAGAGUACCCACGAUAAUAUACGCCUCACGUACGCAUUCUCAAUUGUCCCAAGCAAUGAACGAAAUGAAACGGACUGCGUAUUCUCAUAUGAAAGCGACAGUUGUGGCCUCACGCGAGCAGUUGUGUAUUAACCCAGAUGUGGUUCGUGAAGAAGACUUUAUUGCUAAGAGGCACCUCUGUAGGUCGAAGAUACAUGGAAAAUGCUGUCACUUCUAUAAUAAUGUUGACAGGGUCGCAAACAGUCCAUUUAUUUCUGAACUGAACGUUGUUGAUAUUGAGGAUAUCAUCACUCAUGGUAAAGCGCAACGAUUCUGUCCCUAUUAUAUGGUAAAGGAAAUGACGAAACAGGCGGAUAUCAUUUUUAUGCCUUAUAAUUAUUUAUUGGAUAGCCGUACUAGGAAGACUGUCGGCGUUGAGCUAUCAAAUAAUAUAAUUAUCCUCGAUGAAGCACACAACAUCAAUAAAAUCUGCGAAGACUCCGCAUCAUUAGUGCUUAGCUCCGCAGAUAUUACUCUGUGCAUUGCGGAAGUGACGGAUGUCAUGACUGCAAUGGCGAGUAAUUUGGACUUUGGAGACAAUCCUGCUGAUUUCACGCCCGAUGAGUUGUGUACUCUUAAACAAGCUCUGCUUGAUUUUGAGAAGGCAAUCGACAGCGUGAAAAUUGUUCAUGGGAGUGACUCUUCGAGCUCUACUUUUGAUGGCGACUAUAUUUUUGAGAUUCUAAAAAAAGGAGGGAUUGACUAUGAAAACUGUAUGCUUUUAUCGAGCUUAAUAGACAAGAUUAUACAAUUUCUGUCUGUAACUCCAAAUGACGGCCCCUUUCAAAGGAAAGGAAACGGUCUGGAAGCAUUUAAUUUUCUAUUGACUUUAGUAUACGCGCAUAAUUUGCCCGACAUUAAAGAAAAAAUUAAAAAGUGUUACACGGUGUAUAUUGAAGAAGAGCAGCCUCAGAAAAACGUUGGAAACAAUUGGCUAUCAAAGGCAACUUCAAGUUAUAAAAAUGGCGGCAGAAGCUUGAAUUUCUGGUGUUUCAGUCCAGGUUUUGGAAUGGGAAUGCUUUUAGGAAGAGGAGUGAGAAAUGUUAUAUUGACCAGUGGCACCCUUGCUCCGUUAAAGCCUUUUAUUUCUGAAUUGGAAAUGCCGGUCGCAGUUACCUUGGAGAAUCCUCAUAUCAUCAAACAUGACCAGGUUGUCGUAACAGUUUUGGAAAAAGGACCUGAUGGGAUUGAAUUAAAUAGCAGUUUUAGAAAUCGUGACAACCCAGAUUAUAUAUCAUCACUUGGCCGUACCAUCCUCAAUUUAACCAGAAUGAUUCCCAAUGGAAUGCUAAUUUUUUUCCCUUCGUAUCCGAUUAUGCAAAAAUGUACAGAGCAUUGGCAAGAAAAUGGAAUAUGGAGCAGCAUCUAUGCCGUAAAGGCAAUAUAUGUUGAGCCCCGAAGGAAAGAAGCAUUUACGACUGCUAUGACAGAGUAUUAUGCUCGUGUAGCAGAUCCUAAUCACAAGGGUGCGAUUUUCUUGGGUGUCUGUAGAGGAAAAAUUUCGGAAGGUCUCGAUUUUGCUGAUAAAAAUGGACGUGCUGUUCUAAUAAUCGGGUUGCCUUUCUCUCCAUUAAAGGACCCCAAAGUCAUUCUGAAGAGAAAAUAUUUAAAUGACUGUAGGGUACUAAAUAAAGAGAUGAUCAGUGGUGACGAGUGGUACAGCUUGGAAGCCUCUCGUGCUGUUAACCAAGCUAUUGGGCGUGUCAUCAGACAUCGUCAUGAUUACGGAGCAAUCAUUUUACUGGAUUCUCGAUUUGCCGGCUUUAAAAUGAAAAACCAAAUGUCCCAGUGGUUGAGGGAUCACAUUAAAGUGGCUAAGCAUUUUGGAGAGGUUAUUAGAUGUUUGCGGGAGUUUUACCGUAAUGCUGAGAAGAAUUUACCUUCAGAAAAACCUGCCCCCUCUUCUCAGUUGGAGCCCUCCAAAUCAUUCAGCGAUCUCGAAAGCAUUACCACUAAACCACGUGGCUAUUUUAACUUUAACUCGAUGAAUGUGCCCCAAUCCUCUCAUUCUGCCAAUAAUGCUAAUGGUCUGGUCACCAUUCAUAGUCGAAGCACCACAACAAAUAGCAACACAAAAAGAAGACGCAUAGCAAUUUCUAAUAAUCCAACGUCCACUAAUUCGGAUCAGGGAAUGACAGACAACAAAGAAUAUAUGACCAUGGUGAGGAGAAAUUUGAACCCUACUCAGUGUGAUAUGUUCAUUCGUGCAUUAACUUUUUAUAAAGAACAAGAUGAUUUUGACGGUUUUACCAAUAAGUUAAAUGAUAUUUUUCUCGCUCAGUACAAUAUAAGGUAUAUAAUUCAAGGAUUACAACCGUAUAUUAGAGACAAACACAAAGAGCAGUUUGAGAAAUACUGGGAGAAGAUGAGAUAACUUGAUGUUUUAGGUUAAGAAUGCUAUUACAAUUUUACAUAUUUUGUGAUUUUUACACUACUUUUGUUCAAUAUAAAAUGAUCCUUUAUGUC